UACAGAGAUGGUCAGCCAACACGCGAUGGCCACCACCGUUCGCAAAGUCAAGCAGGAGAAUCGUCUGAGGCGACAGAAUCAGAGCCAAGAUGAGGAGGGGCUCUAUAAACCAGUACCGCCACCGAAACCGGUGCCGAACAAUCAGAAGAACCAGAACGACCAGCAGGAGAGCAGGGUGCAGACGGUAGCCGAGCUGUCGUCGCGGACGACUUCCGGCAUAGAUAGAAACGCCACGCUGGACGACAGUCAGCUUCGAAGUUCCGGGCAGAACCUUGCACCGGACUACAGGAUGCCACCGCUCUACGGGGACGAACAGAGCUCAAGUCAGACUCAACAGGCAGCCAAUCUACAGACGCACAGCAGCAAGUUUCCGAUAGAACGGGAGGUAGUAUUGUCGUCGGGAGACAAGAAUUCGAAGAUCCCUAUUCUUCAUGAGUACAAACAAAGAACUGCCGGAAGAGUCGCUAUUGCGCCGGAUGCACCCAUCAAGCAACAGGCCUGGGUUCAAGAGGGAGGUCAGAUGCAGGAGGCGAGACAGGAGGGUCAAGCGCGGAGUUAUCAUCCCCCGGAAUCUUACGCGUCGACGUCGUCCGCGCCGUCGUCGAGGACGACGAAGAUCGACGAAGAAAAGAGCAAGUCCCUCUCGAGGACCUAUCACACGAUCAAGGACAUGAUAUCGAGCCGUUUCGGGCAGAGUCGCAAGGACGCUGAACCGGAACCGGAGGCCAGCUUGAACAACGUCACGGAGGAAUUGCGGAAGUCCAGCAGGAGCAUCGACGAGGAGGAGGCGAAGAAGAAGGAGGGGAUUUAUGGGAAACCGCGGGCACAGGAACCUUCCGUAAAUAUACAGCAGUAUCCGAAGAAUGCUUGCGGUCAAUAUGGACACUCGUAUAGUUACCUGAGCAAUCAGCAGAACGUACCGCUUCCUGGACAACUUCAGCCAACGUCACAGGUCCAACCCAAUUUGCCGGGGCAAAGUGCUCAGCUACACGUGACGCAUCACACUCCGCCUGGAGGGGUUCAAACGGUCCAUCAAACUCAAGUUCCCAGUUUCGGGCAAUCAGCGACAGGUGGCCAACAGGUGCAAAAUGUUACGAGGGAAUACGUUGUUCAGGGACCAUCUGGAUUGCCGAGUCAGCAAUUGCAUCAAGGACUGCAUCAGAAUACUCAGAGCCAGGGUCAAGGGACGCAGGUUCAGAAGCCUCUGGGCCUGCCCAUGCAGCAGCACCAAGUGACAAACGCGAUGCAACCGACGAGUCAGACCUUCCAAAGUCCCCAGCAGCUGUUGCACCAGAACCAGAACCACCAUCAGAGUCCCAGGUUCGCCCAGCAGCACGCGCAGAACAUGCACCAGCGGCAACUGAUCCAACAGCUGCACCAGCAGCAACUGGCCGGUCAGCAGGGCAGCCAAACAGGCGUCAGGAACGUGCAACAGAGCUACUUCUCGAACAACGUGUCCUACCAACAGUACCAGCAAGCUAGACAAGCCAUGUCCAGGUCACAAAUAGACCUGCCAAGCACCUCGAGGCAGACGCAGGAGCUCAGGCUCUCCGGGCAAGAGGUCUACUAUCACUAUGCUCAGGGUCGACCCAAGUACGGCGUUCCCCAGGUGUACAUGAAGACCGACUGCAACCAGGAGAUCGAGUUCCAGCAACGGAACUCGACGAAGGGGAUCGAGAAGGCCGCCUCCCAGCCGCAACUCUGCUACGAGGACGAACGGUUGACGGAUCCACCGAGGAACACCGUCGAUCCCAUGAAGGCGCUCACGGUGGACCCGUUGGACAAGGAAAGGUACGAGAUCAUGGUUGAGAACCACGGACUAGGGGAGUUUGGGAGGACCGAUUCACAGAGGAAGGAGGAGUACAGGUUGGAGAGCUUCGCCAUUCGCAGAGACGAGACCGUCAGGUGCUCCAAGAGGGACCAAGAGCCUGUGGGUGUUGGCCAAGAGAGUCAGGAAUUAGAAGGUUCCUCCGUUCAGAAAAGGAUCGAGGAAUUGCAGAAAAGAGUCGAGGAGAAUCAUUACGGGUCCAAGGCGUCCAAAGAGGCCGCGGAAGCGGACGCGACGACGAGAAGCUCGUCCGGUUUGAAGAUCGGGAACGUGGAGGGAUCGAAACGGGUCGAGAAUCAAUACGCGAAGGAUUCGGUUGUGAAAUCGGAGAUUAAGAAAGACGAGCUGGAACACGGGAUCGGACGGUUGAAGAUACAGAAUCAGGGAUCCGGCUCGGAUUACGACAAAGCUGGCCAGAGUUCCUCCAAUGUUGACUCGGGGAGGGGAUCCGCUGUUUAUUCUAGCGGACGGCGCCCCCCGCCGGAGGAUCAAACGCAUCCGCCAGUGCAAGACUCCGAGUGGGUGGAUAUCGUGGAAUCCGAGCUGAGGAGCAUUCUGGAACCGAGGGACGUCCCAGCAAUGGCGCACUCGACGUUGUCCGAAAGCGUGUCGUCGGUAACGCCACCUCUGCCGCCGCUCUCGCCCCACGAGAGUCCCAGAACAUCGAGAAAUCGAUACUCGGCGAGCUUACCAUACGGGUCGAAACCUAAUUACAGCGAUUACAGCAAGGCCAUGGAGAAAAGGGGGUUCUCGGGCAGCUCGAAGCAUCGCGGUGUCUCGACUUCGAAGAAGGAAGCUGCAAAAAAGUUUUCUCAUCUUUUCGGCGUGGAGGCCGCCGAUCUGACCUCGACCACCACUGGGCUCGAUCUGGACUCCAUGUUGGACAGAAGCGACUCCGACUUGAGCACCAACGACGCCAGGACGAUUAGGAAGCAGCUCGAGGGCUUAGAAAAUAUGUACAGCGAGGUAUUGAAAUUGUUGGGCGGAAGCGUGAAGAAGAGACGGAAGGCCAGGGGCCUGAUCAGUUACGGUUCCGUAUCUUCGCUGCCAACGUCGUCCGUUUCGUCCAGGCCCGUCACGAGGCAUCACGAUAAACGUAGAUCGCACGCGAUCGACGACAGGAUGAAGAAAGCCAAAGACAUCAAGAGCAUUAACAAACGUUUUCAACGAUUAGAAUCUCACGUAGUUACGCUCGCCAGGUCCGUGGCGCACCUGAGCUCGGAGAUGAGGACGCAGCACUUGAUGAUACAGGAAAUGGAAAACAUAAGGGGCGAGAUUGCUGCUCUGAGGACGCAAACGAGCAUGGCAAUGGUGAGGUCGCAAUCCCAGCCGCUGAUCAAAGAUUCCGAGCUGCCAGCCCUGUCCAAUCCUUCGAGGGUGAAGAAGCUCACCAAGUUCUUCGGUACAGAACCGCCGCUCAUCAGAUUGUUCCUGAGGGAACUUGGGUAUGAGAAAUACGCGACUGCAUUCGAGAAGGAAAAGGUCGGAAUGGUGGAGCUUCCCUACUUAAGCGAAGAGAGGCUGCAAAAGAUGGGGGUUCCCUUGGGACCGAGGCUAAGAAUCCUCCAGGAAGCAAGGAUAUCGGUGUGCAAGGAUCCAAUUUACGUCGUAUGAGUCUCGAAGAAAUAAAAAUAAUAGGAGAAAAGAGGAACGUCUCUCGAAUCCUACAGAAACGAACAACAAAAGGCACAAAAGUAAUUUAGGAAUUUGUGUGUUGUUGUUUUACCAAAAGGAGAUGUAAAAUAUUAAAUAUUGUGCUCGGGUUGGGUUUGGAGUUCGUUCCCGCGAGUAAAAAUUGUUAAAUGCAAGAAAAAAAAAGAGCAACCUUCCAAAUAAAUAUGAUUUACUUAGGAGCAAUUAAGAAGAAGACAAAGAAGUUUUUAAGGUUAGGAUUUUAAGAGGCACGCGAAUGAAAGAGAACUUGGAAAAUGUAUUCAAGUCGUGUGGACAACCCCGGGGCCUCGAAUUAUAUAUAAUAAAUAGCAAAUUGUUUAAGUUUUACGCGUGUAUGUGUGUGUAGAAGUCCCCCAAAAUGUUCGAAAGACGAGAGAACAUCCUCCUCUCGAGGAUAAUAGAAAUUACGUAGGGAAAACUUUUCGAAAUGUUUUUUUGAAGAUAUCGUUAGGUACGUUUUUUUUUUUUUUGUUCAAUUUCGUAUCUAUAAUUUAUUAUAAAUUAUUAACAAGCUCUGAACAUCAUUAUGUUGUACCAACAUAAAGGUAAACCAGACGUUUAAUUAUAAA